UGGCGGCCGAUCGAGGUUGUAAAGUAGAUGACACUUAAAGAUUUAUUUCCGAGCUCUGGACGUAGGAGCAAACUUGCACAAGAUGUCUCUAGCAGCGGCAGAUAAGCUGCUCAAAAUUUUUGACGCGUUGAAAAAUUUUAGAGAGGGCAUUCCUGUGGUUGACCCAAAUCCUUUGGCAAAGAAGAAAGAAAGCCUUCUGUCUAAAAAAGAAAGAAUAUCAUAUCUGAACACCAUUCCUGAACUAGUUUGCUCCUCAGGUAUAAGAAGUUUGUCUGAAUUUCCAAAGAUCCUGGCUAUCACUGUGGACUCUUUGUUAGUCAGCUGUGAUGAUCAGGAGUCAGAUGUGCGCUUGGUUGCUGGUGAAUCUCUCAACAAACUUAUCAAGGGAUUGAUGGACUCUUUCAUGGGACGGAUACAUGUAGAGCUUUACAAGAAAAUAAAAGAGAAUGGCUCUGCUAGAAGUCUGAGAGCUGCUUUAUCUAGAUUUGGAGACUUGUGCCAUUUGAUUAGGCCACAGAAAUGCCGGCCAUUUAUUGCAAACUUGUUGCCAUGCAUAGCUCGUGUAAGCAUACGCACUGAGGAGACAAUCCAGGAAAUACUUGCCAUUGUCAUGCAGAAGAUAAUGAGUGUUCUGGGAAGUUUUACAGGUGAUAAGGAGGUUAAGCAAUUACUGAAAACAUUUUUGCCAAACUUGCAAUCCUCAUCAGCAACAACCAGACGAACUGCUGCAAGUGGCCUUGUUGUUAUCUGUCAAUAUUCACGUAAACCAAGUUUCUUUUAUGAGUGGCUCCUGAACAUUUUGUUAGGUUUGGUGUUACCAUUCCAUGAAGACAAAGAUUCAACUGUCUAUCUUGGAGUGCUGAUGUGUUUACGACACAUGAUUCCAAACUUGGAUUGCUCUUUCUCAUUUGAUCAUCAAAUGAAAGGUUUGCGAGGCAGCUUUGGUUCUCAUUGCUCAUACUCUGCAGAUGGAACACUUGGUGCUGAACAGAUUCAGAACAAUCAGCUUUUACAGGUUUAUGAAGUGAUCAUGUACUGCACAAAGCAUUCAAAUCAUAACGUGGUGACAGCCUCGCUCGAAACAUUGCUGCAGCUUCUGCGUGCCCCACCUCCUGCUCUUCUGUCGAUUCUUCUAUCAGCUGAAGGAAUUACACCAAGUGCCAACUCUGAUGCAUCAAAGCAAGACUUGGAGUUUCUGGAAGAAACACCCUCUGAAGGUGACCCAACAAUGAGUGAACUAGAAACAGCUUCCAUUGCUGAAAGCACUGCUAGUACUGUAGAUACUGGGGUUGGCAGCUCCAUUGCAACGGAUUUUGACACAGAGCAAACAUCAGUUGAUGAAAUGCUGAGGUCAGCAGAGCUGGAUCGCCUGCGUCUCCACGGUGGUUCUGCUGGAGACAAUGAUCAAACCAGAGAGGAAGCAGAAGAAGGAAUUGAUGUCUUUGAUUCCACAAUGAGUGAGGUGAAGACAGAAAAUAGAAGAACUGCCAGGUCUUUAUCAGACCCUGGUUAUGCUGCUGAAACAGAUAACAAUGCAUCCAUUGAUGCAACUCAGAAUGAGACUCAAGUAUCACAUGGAACAUUUGAUUAUGUUGCCCACCGAGACAGUGAUGGCUUGGAGUUAACCACCUCUGAGGAUGACACCAUUAGGACAGAGUCAGUAUCAACACAGGAAGUAAGACUGCUUGUGGAGAGAAGUUUUCAGAUAGAUGCAGUGGCCUGCAAAGGGGUGCCUCUUGUACACUGUGUCCGCCUAAUGAGCUCAUUUCUUUUGUCUGGAAACCCUGGUGAGAUGCUGUCAGACUCUUGUGUGCGUGUGAGUGUUAAAUCAUUGGCCCUUUCUUGCAUCGCUCAAGCUGUUAAGCUCUACCCUGAAGCUUUCUUAGUAAGAAUAUUACCUGAGUUAUCUGAGGAUUCAGAUGGUGAAGAAUUUCAUCAAUCCAGUCCUCAGCUUGUUAGAGAUAUUCUUCUCUUUAGUGGACAUGGAGAUCCACAACUGCGAGGAAGUCUGGCCACUGUGAUUGGAAAUGUUGUAAGGACAGGACUGAAGAAAGGAAGGCUUGAUUUUGACACUUGGUGCAUAGACAACUGUCAAGAAAUGGAGACAGUUCCAUUUGGACUGGAAGAUCUAAUCUCAGUGUUGAAGUCUAUCCUUCAAGAUGAGUCUCCUGUUGCUAUCAGACAAGCAUGUGUUUCUCUAAAGAGCUGCCUCUUUUUGCUGUGCUCUAGUAAACACUCCAAGGUUGCUUUGGACCUGUUGAACACCAUUUCAACUCUAAAAGAUAACUCUUACUGGCUAGUAAAGGUUGAAUUAUUGGAAAUACUAGGGGAAGUGGACUUCAGGCUUUUAGGUCUUCUAAAACUUAAAUUUGAACACCUCCAGGAGUCAGGGAUGCAUAAAUUGUUUAAAACUAAUUUGCAAGAGGAUUUGAUUAAUAAUGUUAUUCUACACUUGCUGGAGGAUGAGGACAUUCGAGUGAGGCAAGCAGCUGCUAAGUGUGUUGUCAGCAUAGUUCCAAGACUCUUUCACUCACUGAACAGUGACAAGCAAGCUUUAGUUGUAUCUGCUGCACAGAGCCAAAUCAGCAGUCUCUUUAUUCAAGAGUCUCACUGUAAGGCUUUCACCCACUCAGUUGUUGAUGCUAACCUUUCAAGAAUUGUGACACUUGUUGGUAACAAGCUGAAUCAUUCAACAUCAAGAACCUGUUUGCUUGGAUGUAUUCAUGUUUUGUCAUUACUGGUUGAGACGUUCCCUGUUGCAAGUUAUCCUGAAGCAUAUGGGUGUAGUGUGUCAAUUUCAUGUCGAAGUCCCCUGCCCGCCCACCCUAUAGGGCCAUUUAGUGCACCCUCCAGACCUUCAAGUCCAAGUGCUUCUUGUGCAGGGGGAGGAGGGCCUUUGUCUAUUGUGAUGGGCAGUAUGAUGUCUUCAUGGCUUGCUUAUGAUCUCUUUGCACAUCAGCAGUUGUUGCAAAUUGCAGGGAACAUCUUGUUUGGUGCUGGAUGUAGUGGAGUUCAUGUUACACUCAAGAUGCACUCUGAGAGAGGACCCUCAGAUGAGCCUAUCAGUUCUGCUGAACAUUGGAGUGUGUUUACUGAUAGUACAUUAGCUCCUCAGGCAGAAAAGCUUGUACUUCAUAUGGCCAGGUUAUUGAACAUUUUUACCCAUGUUGUUGAGCAUACUACCCCAGGUGCUCACUCCUUUAAGAUUCCAUUCCCAGGGCAAAACAAGGACAAGCAACAGUCAGGUGCCAUUCCUGGUGUGGCUGCUCCCCACACCCCUCCUUCAGCUUCAGCUGUCUCUAGUUCUGCAUCAACUGUUCCCAAAAGACUGUUGACCAAGACUAAGCGGGCUCUCUCAGAAGCUGAUUUACACCAAGCCUCCUCAGAUAAACCACUGUCACCCUCUAAGACCCAAGGGGGAGUGGGGCAGUCUGGUGAAUCUGAGCAAAGCACUCAAAACCCCCCUCCCAAGAGCAGCAUUGGAACAUUUCAUCAUAUACCUCACUAUAUGAAGUUAUAUGAGAUCAUCAAGGGAGCCUAUGCUAACAACCAGGUUUCUCUGCUGGCUCCAGAUCAAGACAAGUUUUGUCAGUUCCUAUCAGCAACCUUACAUUCUUUGUCUUUACUCCUUGAAGUUACUGCAUUUGCUGACAUUGGAAAGCAUGUUGAAGAAAUACUUGGCUAUUUGCAAGUUUGUGUGAAAGUGGAGGCCACAAAGACUUUAUUGUGUGUUCAGCAGCUUUUGCGUGCAAUGUUUGGUAUCAACGCUUUGAGCCAACCAGAGCUGAUCCAGAACUUGACAGUUCCUCCCUGUUUGGCUACUAGUCUCGUGACAGUACCACGACAAGCUGAGAUGCUUCCCGUGGAUAAAAGCUUUUACCACUUUUGCUUUGUGUAUCCAUUGGUGCUCGUUACGCAUUCCCUCCAGAAGUUGAAACAUAAGGAAGAAAUAAAAGAAAAAGGAAAGGAAGCAGAAGAGUUGGGAGGAAUUGGUGUUUUCAUUAAAAAGCUCCGAAAUAAGGCUGCCUCGUCUAUUCGGCCACCUGUAAAACUGGACAAGCAAUCACCCAUCCAUUCAUACAUCCGCUGGUUUGAACCGCUCGUAAUCCGUGCCUUGAAGGAAUACACAAUGUCCAGUAAAGUGAUCUUGCAGCAGCAAGUCCUAAGCCUCUUAGCUCAGCUCAUAAAACUUAGAGUGAAUUAUUCUCUACUGGACGCUGAUCAGGUAUUCAUCAGCUUUGUUCAGAAACAAUUUGAAUACAUUGAUGCAGGCCAAAUAAAAUCCUGCGACACUUUCCUUCCACACAUCUUCCAGUUUCUUGUGUUACUGUCCUAUGAGUGCUUUCAACCAAAGUUUAAUCAAGCGAAAGCAAUUGUGGGAAUGCCAAGAAUUAUCCAGCUUUGUGAUGGUAUCAUGGCGGGAGGACAGCCAGCCCAAACUCACGCCAUUCCAGCUUUACAACCAAUAAUCCAUGACUUGUUUGUACUGAGAACUGCUAGUGGUAGUGAAAUCGGAGGAGAUCUGGAAACCCAAAGAGAAGUUGUCGUCUCAAUGCUGCUUCGUUUGGUGCACUAUCCCGAGGUGCUAGAAAUGCUGGUUACAGUUUUGAACUGCUACCAGCGAGAUGAAGUCAAAUGGAAGGACCUAUCGGGACAAAUCAUAGACCUGCUCCUUCCUCUUCUGGCAAACCAGAAGGUCCACGUUGAAUCAGAGUAUGGUAUUGAGAUGUUACAAGCUGUGUUCGCCGCUGUUGCCCCUGGGUCAUUAUGGCCAGUAGAUGUGCUCUUGAGGGUUUUGUUUUCCAGCUUUGAUCAGUCAGAUGCAUUCAAGCGUUGGUUAGCUACAAUACUUGUGGUAUUACAAACUCUCAUGGCACAAGUAACAGAAGACAUCCUUCUGUCGAGAAUUGACCAAUCGGGAUUUCGACCUAGAUGUGUCAACAUGAUGGACAAACCUUUGCUACCCAUUGAAGUUUUCGUAAAGUUCCUCUUUUACGUUGUUGAAACAAGUGCCAACCAUGUUAACAUGGCAACAAGAAACUCCUUAGUAAACUUGAGAUCACCAAGCGAAGAAGCCUUCUUAUUGAAACUGUUUGGCAGCUUGCUUUCAUGUGUUACACAUCUGUUAAAAUCAGCAAACUUCAAGAAAGUGUCCCAGUUAGCAUCUUCGUCACCCAUCAUCCAUCCAACUGUGGACUUAGUCAAUGAAAAUUUGUCUCAUCUUGUGGACACCCACCCAGUUCUGGUUCUACAGUGGUGUCAUGUGUUGAGACAACUGAAGUACACGGACACACAGUUCUGGUUUGGGUUCCUUGACACAGGACUACGUUUGAGCACUGCCUCUGGUAGCAAUAUUGAACUGGAGGGCCCGACGUUGAAUAAAGAUGUGACUCGAUCGGGAGUGAUACUGAUCUACUGUGACCUGCUUAUAACACAGCACAUGGAGCAGGGAUCAUUGGAUCAGUCUCAGGUCGGGACCUUGCUAAGGAUGUCCCUAGAGGACCUUGUACAGAUGACAGAUGAACCACCCAUACAGGGGUUUCUAAGCAUUCUGUACAGUACUCACGAAGGAAGCAAGCUUCUGUUAGACUCAUUUAGUUCCUCAAGAGCUCUACAUGAAACAGUAAAACGGCCAAGUCUUGUGCGUGAUUUAAUGAACUGCCUGAAGGGAGUGCAUCAGUCACAAUCGGUUUACCUUAUCAAGAUACUGGCGGAGUAUUUCCUCAACUCAACUCAUCAGUCGGUUGCAAGAAUGGCAGAACGUUUGAUUUGCAAGAAGUUGGAGAUAUGUAUCGAUGGACAGAAAAUGGCACCAUCCCAGGAACUCGUAGAGGAUGAAUUAAGAUCAGUUUGUCAGUUGAUAGCGUCGAAGAAGGAAAUAACUAGAAAUCAAACGUUGUUGUCGUUGGUAACUAAAAUUCUCCCCUCAAGUUCACCUGUGGAAAGGGAUAUGCCUUGCAAUGAAGAUCUGGCUUCGUCUAUGAAAAACUACACGAUUGAUCAGGAAUGGUUUUGCCGACUUGCUCAGCAAUGCUGUUUUGCUGCUCGUCCAAUGGACCAGAGGAACGGAGUCAACGUUAAACCUGAGGCGAUUCAGAUGCUCAGUGUUCUGAAUGCAAAGGAAGUUUCUUUUGUCAUAAAUCACGAGAACUUUGACAUCUCUCUGCUUGAAGAAUGUAUAUCACUUGGAAUCGAAAGAACUCUUCUGUUGACCUCGAGAAGGCAGAACGGAGAGAACGUACCAAGUAAUUUACUUAACAAUGCAGAGCACUUUGAAAACCAUGACGUCGAUCAAUUAUUGCUUAUUUCCAAACUCGCUUUAUUUUCCAAAAUUGAACAAGUUGCAAAGGAUGUUAUUACAACGAGAACGUUCAGAGAUAAUGAAAAUUCAACAAAGCUGCAGUGUUUCCAGUUGGCUUCUGAUCGUCUGUCAGCUCUCUGCAAUGAUGCUGAUUGGUGCAAAAAGGUCACGUCCCUUGCAAGGGCUCUUGUGGCCUUAGCUGGUGCAAUUCCGACUCUUCCUAAGCAUUGUAAAAUCCCCGAAUCUGGCCAAGAAGCGCUUUUUCAGUUUGUUUUCGUUCCAUUGGCGAUGGUGCAUUGUUCCCUUGUAAAUGGUAAACGUCCAUGUUCCGUUGAACUGAAGUCUAAUCUUGAAUGUCUGGCUAAGUACCUUAAUCUUGAUUGCGCAAAGAGUAUUGGGAAACUUGAGUUCUUUCCGUUGGUUUGUUCUGCUAUUAAUCACGUUCACGUGCUCUUAAAUGCAGUUGAUGGUAGUGGUGACAAUGACGAGGAAGGCUUCUUUACUGAUCAAAUUAAAGUUGAUAUGGGGGAUGAAGGAGUUCAGAUUGCUAGGAAAGCCUGUGGAGAAAUCUCACAGCUGAUCCACCGGCUACUGACCAUCUUGAAACCAGGAUCAGUUCAAAAACCCUCCCUGCCUCAAUUCCUAUUGCGUCCUUUUCAAGACAUCAUUGUUGGUUUAGCGAGGCAACCUCUUGUUAACAGCUAUGCGCGCACCCUACCUUUGGUGUGGAAGAUGGGCUGGGCACCAGUCCCUGAAGGGCCUCUUAAAACAGAGCUUCCUCCUUUACCGAUAGAGAUCUUGAAAGAGAAAGAUGUCCUGGAUGAAUUCGUAAAAAGGGUUAAUUUGAUUGGGUGGACCUCUAGACAACAGUUUGAAGAAACAUGGGCUGCCCUUCUCGGUGUGAUCAGUUCACCACCUCUACCAGAUACAGUUUCAACAGAGGAGGAUAUGGAGUCGACGCAUUCCUGCUGCCUGGCAGUCCGCUGUAUCUCAGAAUUGUUGCUUCAGACCACUCUUUACCCAGUCCCGGGAAACCCAAGCGCAAGUGCUUAUCUACACAGACCGAGACACAGGGAUCUGCCUUUCCUGGGAAGCAGGGCAGGGAAGAAACUUACGUUUGUUAGGGGCAUGAUUGAGGAGGAAUUUGUUUCCUUGUGCUGUACAGGAACUGGCCGAGUAUUUAUCUCGGAUGAAGACCUAAAACCAGAGCGUUCUGUAAGUGUCCAUCGGUCAAACAGUUUCCUGUGUUUAAACAGUUCAAGCGCGAUGUGGAUAACUAACCGAAUGCUAUUUGAUCAUCCGCUUUACGGACUCAAUGUCGAUCGCGUGCUGGGUUUUCACGACUACACCUUAGGACAGAUAUCUGUGGGCGCACUUCACAGUCAGGCUCAAAGCGAACUCCAAGAAAGGUACGAUAGUGAAGAUGAUACUGCUGUUGUAGUUUCCCUUCCGCGCAUGCCUCAACCUGAAAAGCUCGACAUCAAGUCUUGCGAGCAAUUUCUUCUGGAGCUUUUCGAACAAUGGAUGUCCCCGUAUAUUCACCCCAGGACUCCUCUGGCACUCUUAUCCGAGGCAACCAAAGCGCUUUUGGUGUUGUCUGAUCUGUUCGUUGAUGGAACACACUUUGAAUGGGUUCUGGGCACUCUUCUUGAUCUACAUCAUAAUCAUUCAGCGGAAGAUGAUCUGUUGAUACAGUACUUGCUACCUACACUCUGUAAAGCCUUAGCUUUCCUAAAGACGGAAGGAUCGAUAACUGAAAGAGUUUGUAAGAUAGUGGAAUCUUCACUUAGGAGUCCACAUGUUCCUCUCCAGAUCUCUGCCCUUUAUGGUGCAAUGUACUUACUAGAAAUUCAGGUGCCAUCUGUAAGUGCUGUGCUACUGCCAAUCCUAACAGAUUUCCUGGGCAAGAAACUUACUGUGAUUAAUGGCGCCGUGUCAAUGGCAGAACACCACUUAUUAGUCAUGUGGUCGACAGCAUUUUACUUGCUGGAGAGAUACGCUGAUGAAAUCAGUGAUCAAGAAUUAAAGGCAAACCUCCUCAAGAAUGCCGUCCGCACUGCGUCCUCAAACGAAGACAGCACCCCGACCUGUGUCUAUCACGCCAUCAUUAGGGGACUUGAGAGGCUUGUAGUAUCAUUUGCUCUGUCGAGUGCUGAGUCAGACUCGCUAGUCAAACUUAGUGUGGACAGGCUGUCCAUGCAAAACCCUCAAAGAGCCAUAUCUGCUCUUGGUUUAUUGGUAACGUGUAUGUAUACAGGUAAGAUUGGCGACCGACCAAGUGGAAUCUACCCUCCGGCUGACACUGCGGAGUUUCCAACAGAGGACAUACUUCUCAUUGCUAUGGAACGUGUUACUGUCCUGUUUGAUAGAAUAAGAAAAGGCGUGCCAUCUGAAGCCAAAGUGGUGGCCAGAGUUUUGCCACCCUUGCUUUUGGAUUUCUUUCCCGCCCAAGAAAUCAUGAACAAAGUGAUCGGAGAGUUUCUGUCUAGUCAGCAGCCACAUCCUGAACUCAUGGCGCAAGUUCUCUUCAAGGUGUUUGAAGGUCUUCACAGUCAAGGGCAGCAAACAGAAGUGAGAGACUGGGUACUUCUCUCACUUGGAAGUUUUAUUCAGCGGACACCCCUGUCGAUGGCGGUAUGGAGUCUUACCUGCUUCUUCAUUAGCGCUUCUAGCAACAAAUGGAUUCGAGCCCUCUUUUCUUAUAUCGUGGGAAGGAUGGGUAAACUUGAAGAUAUCGACGUUAGAAUAUUUUGUGCAGCAGCUAUGGAUUUCUACAGAACUCAGAACCUCGAUGCAAAUCAUAAGGAGACUCUGAUAUCCACAUUUAGAAGGGCCGCUCAAACGAGUGCACCUUACAGAGAAUUUAUUGAGUGCUGUCAGUCAGACAGUAAGCACUCUCGAUAAAUAAAGGGUUGGUUUAUGGCUGGAGGGAUUAUUGAAAAAGGUCCCAACGUUUCUUGAUCGUGAGACUGUUUUGCUGAAGAAGCAAAGGAAAGGUAGUGUCCAGAACUUCAGGGUUCUUUGCCGUCAGGCAUAUUCUCGGUACAGCUUGCUAAGUAAAUUUCCCCAGUGCUACACGGAUUUUCAUGACUUACGAUUUCUUCAGCUUGAGCCAGUAGUAAUUGUGGGUAAUUCCUGGUUGUGAAAUGUUUUGAUAGAAGUUUGAAUACUUUUUACUAGGAUGGCCACUAAUUCAAUGAACCGUCCUCAUAUUUUUGAUAACGUAACAGAGAGAAACGUUACGAAGUAGCGGAAAGUGGAACAUUCACACACGUGCUUUGUCACGCAUUGCUUGAAUCGCAUUUUCACGCGUUUCAUGACAUGUCAAAUAACAGACACCUUAGGUAGCGUAGAAAAUCACUUUUGGUGUGUUUUCCUUGCGCUCGCUUAUUCAGAGACUAAGUGGAGAUGUGGGGUCAAUUUUGACUCAAUGAAAUGAUGUACUAUCAAUUAUCAAUGGAGUAUUAGAUACAAUUAUGUCUCAAUUCGAAGAAAAUAUAAUGAAAACAACUAUUAUGACUA